UCCCGGCGUCCCCACGCGGGGCGCAGCCGCAAGAAAGGAACGCAGGUCACACCGUCAGCGCCCAGAGCAGCGCCAGUUUCCGGGCCCGGCCUGCUCUGGGAGCCAUGAGCUGCGGCCGCCCCCCUCCCGACGUGGACGGCAUGAUCACCCUCAAGGUGGACAACCUGACCUACCGGACCACUCCCGACAGCCUGAAGCGAGUGUUCGAGAAGUACGGGCGCGUGGGCGACGUGUACAUCCCGCGGGAGCACCACACCAAGGCGCCCCGGGGCUUCGCCUUCGUCCGCUUUCACAACCGGCGCGACGCGGAAGACGCCGAGGACGCCAUGGACGGGGCGGAGCUGGAUGGACGCGAGCUGCGGGUGCAGAUGGCGCGCUAUGGCCGCCGGGACCUGCCCCGCAGCCGCCAGGAAGAGCCGCGCGGCAGGUCGGGAGGCGGCGGCUAUGGACGGCGGAGCCGCAGCCCCAGGCGGCGACACCGCAGCAGAUCCCGGGGUCCCAGCUGCUCUAGGUCCCGCAGCAGAUCUCACCAUGGGGGGUCUCGCUAUAUCCGGUCUCCCUAUAGCCGAUCUACCUUCAGGAGAUCUCGCUACAGCCGAUCUCCCUACAGACGAUCUCAUUGCAGAGGAUCUCGCUACAGUCAGUCUUACAGCCGGCAUCACUACAGCCGAUCUCCCUACAGGGAAUCUCGCUACAGGAGGUCCCCCUACAUCCGGUCUUCCCGCAACAGGUCUCUCUACAACCGCUCUCACUCGAAGUCUGGGUCUGGCUCUCGCUCUCCAUCAACCUCCAAAUCCAGCUCUGCGCGAAGAUCCAAGUCCUCCUCCAUCUCCAGAUCUUGCUCAAGGUCCAGGUCUAGAUCUACGUCCGGGAGUACUCCCUCCAUAUCCAAGAGGGAAUCCAAGUCCAGGUCGUGAUCCAAGAGUCCUCCCAGGUCUCCUGAAGGGGAAAAAGGACAAGUGUCCUCCUAGGAAAAUGAUCAUCAGCUAACGGGUGAUGGACGACUUGGGGAAAAGGACUUCAUACUCAGUCCAUGGCAGCAGAGUCCCUGGAAGAAGGGACUGCCUAAUGAAAGGGUUGUGUGACAUUUGUCUACCUUUUUACCAGUUUGAAGCGUUGCAUCAGAUGACAAGAUUCAUUUCAUGUGCCAUUGUGUUGUUAUUCAAAUUUUCUUGUAAUUUAGUGAGGUGAACUACUUUAGAUUGGAUUUGGAUAUUGGAGGGGAAAUUUUAUAUUUGUCUUUUUUUGUUUUUUUUUUUUUAUUUUUGAGAUGGAGUCUAGCUCUGCUGCCCACGCUGAACUGCAGUGGCGCCAUCUGCAUCUUCCACCUCCUGGGUUCAAGCCAUUCUCAGGCCUCAGCCUCUGCAGUAGCUG